GCCUAGCCAGCAACGGCAGGAAGCAAAAUGAAUGCAGUCGAGCUCAAAACUACCGCGACACUCGCGAGUAAACGAGUCGAGAACUCGACAACAAAAGUAAAAGGCAACUGAGCGCAGCCCAUAUGACGCGAGUCCUCCGGAGGCGGAGCCAGGUGACACCAACAUGGUCGCCCGGUUGUCCUCCCAGUUCACCUGUCCUCUUUCCGCUUACGUCACCUGGUCGAACUGGUUGGACGAGGGUCUAAGUAAGGACAUGAAGAUCGCGUGGCGAUGAUGGGGAGGAGGAAGGGGACGUGGUUGGUCGCCUGUGUGUUGGCUACAGUCGCCUUUUGGACGUCGGGCGUGCCUGGUUCACCGGAGCAGUCCGAGUCGUCCGUCGUCACGGCCGCGCCCGGCGACAUCGUCCACCUUCCGUGUUACUCGGAGGGCUCCGUGAUGCCUUCGGGGGCGCGGUGGCUGAAAGACGGCAUCGAGGUGGAGCCGGGUGGCGGCGGCCAGCCGCGGGUGCAGGUGCUCAGCGACGGCAGCCUGCACUUCCCAAGGGUGGCGGAGGGCGACGAGGGCGUGUACCGCUGCGAAGCCACCCUUCCUGGGAACAUGACGUGGCGUGCGCGUGUCCUGCUCCAGGUAGCCAGUGGUCCGGAGAACGUGUCGCUAGCCAUCGUGCCGUCCACGGUGCUGCCCAACGGCACAUUGGUGGCGCACCGCGGCUCCAGCGUGUCCUUCCACUGCGCCGCCGUCUCGUACCCGUCCCAGAGUCUCGCCUGGAGCUUCGCGGGGACGUUGGUGGACGCCGCCGGCGGGACCCCCUUGGCUUCCGCUCCCUCCGCGCCCUGGUUGGACUUCAGGGUGAAAGACGUCCAGCCCGAGGCGCAGGGUUUCUACAUGUGCCUUGCCAACAACACGCUGACGCACGUGGUCGCCGGCACCAGCGCGCAGCUGCUCGUCUACUAUGCUUCCGACCGCCACCCCGAAUGCUCGUGGCUUCAGUCGUCCGACCCUACCUGGGUGCACUUCAACUGCGCCUGGCCCGGAUGCUACCCAGACCCGGAGCUCAGAUGGUCCCAGAUCGGGGACGAGGAGGCCGAGCAGGGCCGUGUGCUGGCCUCGGAGGCGACAUCCGUCUUGAGAGUGUCUCUAAACCGCUCUCUGCUGGCCGGCGGCCAGACGCUGAGGUGCGCAGGGCAUCACUCGGCUCUCGCCGCCGGACGAGAAGCCGCUUGCUCUUUUACGCUUGAGGCGCCGCGUCCCCAUGUUUCUCCGCUGAUGUGGGCGCAGGAGGGCAACAGCGUGACGCUAGCGUGUAGCGAGUCGGCCUCGGUGCCGCCCGCCAUCACCACUUGGUCUCGAGUGGCGGAAGGGGCGGCGCUGGCGCCCGGCCCCAAGUACGCCCUGAGCCGGGACGGCGCCACCUACAGCCUGACCAUCGCCAACGUCAGCCGCGACGACGUCGGUACCUACUUCUGCCGCAGCGAGAACGCUCUGGCGCUGCGCCGGGCCGAGGUGUAUCUCAGCGUCACUGCCGCCUCGGACUACACGGGCGUCAUCGUUGGCAUCUUCGUCGCCGCGCUCAUUGUGGGGCUGGCGGCCGUCACGGCCAGACUGCUCUUCGCUAACAGACAUCGCAUCUGCCUCGGGCGACCUUUCGGGUCCUCGGACGGCGACACAGGCGAUGUGCUGAGUCUGGUGGAUUCUGAUGAAGAGCAGAUCUUCCAGGCCGUUCCGCGCCUCCCGCCAGUAACGGACCCCCACCCGACCACGCUGGUCCAGGUCCAUCGCCUCCCGUCCGGUGAGCGGGAGAACACGGGAAACCCGGAGGCCAGGGAGGAGCCUCCGGACCUGGUGACUUUGUAGCAGUUAGUUGCUUUGAUUGUAAUGUGCCUUUGCUCCCAGUGGGUAUGUGAGUGUCAAUGUUGGUGUGGAACGAUGGCGGAAACACUCCUUGGGGCACUGCACCACAAGAACGUCAACUUAAGUAACGCGUGCCUGCAUUAUCGCCUUCAGAAUGCAACUGAACAGGAACGUCGGUGCCUGUCAUUGUUCACAAUUGUAUAUUUGGAGACUAAAAGGGUUCAAGGUAGAAUUUUUGUACAUACAAUAAAUAGUUUUUAUGUUGAUAUUAAAAUGUGUACAGCCAUCAA